AUGACUUCAACAGACUUGCAAGAUAGGAAUUGGGGACCAUAUGGACAAGGUGGUAUUGGGGAUGCAAGUGGAAUGGAGACUCAAUUUGAGAGACUCCUCUCUCGUACGGACACCCUCACUGACAAGCAAGUGGCCGAAUGUUUUAUUAAUAGAUUGAAGGAUGAUUUGCGAGCUGAUGUAAAGAUUCGAAAUCCACAAACAUUAACUACUGCAACUGGCCUGGCCCACGCCUAUAAGAAUAAGGCUCAAAAGGUGUGCCAAACUCCUCAUUCCACAUCUUCUCCUUUAGGUUGUAGCAGCCCACAAUGGAGCUCAACAUCCACUGGAGGAAGUAAGGGCACAUCACCAGAACAUUCCCUUACAGUUCAAUCUUGCAAGCUAUUUCUUAUCAAGGCUGACGACGAGUCCUCUUUUAUUGAGGUUAUGGAAGAAGAUAACCAACACUAUAGAUGA